UAUAAAAUCCUAUUUUGCUCUGGGACCGCUCCAGAUAAAAACGACAAAAGCUUAUUUAUCCUAUCUUAUGCGUUACACCACAUCAUAUCCAAAGUCAAAUUCAAUCCAGCUUUGAAAUAAAAUGGAAAACGAGAUCUUUCCAGCCGGUGAGUCAUAAUCAUAACUCUCAUCUAAAUCCCCAAUCCUCAAUCCGCAUUCACAUUCACAUUCCACUUCACCAAACUCAAUUUGAAGACCAUGUUAGAUAGCCAAGGAAGAUAUAGAUAGAUAGAUUAAAAAAACCUUACAAAUCAAACUCCUCCACUCCGGAAGAACAAACAGCAAACAAACAAACAAUCUCCCAAACAAACCAAACACAAUUCACCAAACUAACCGCACCCCAGGUAUCCUCGGUAACUACUAUGCCACCCGUCACGAAAAAGGUCUAUACCGUUCCUGCGGCGUAACCUCCUACUACAGCUACACGCCCCAAAACUCCAAUGCCAUCACUAGCAACGCCAUCGAUGAGUUGAUUUCGCGCAUCCAAUGUGCUUUGUGGAAAACAAUAGAGAAACAUCCGUCUCUAUGUUACGGUAUCUUGCCCUCUUCAAGUACCACGCAUCCCACUGCACGUUUCAAGAGACUUGCCCAAAUAUCCUUGGAAGAUAUUGUAUCAAUAUCCUCUUUGGGUAGAUUUCCCAAUGCAGAAGUGCAGAAAAAAUCUGAGGAAAAGCGUGUUUGUGAGGAGAUAGGAGACGCUCACGAGCAGCUUUUCCAAGAUCCCGAAACAAAACCUGUGUGGAGGAUUCGUGUGCUUUUGCAUGGAAUGGAAGAUGGGGCCUAUAGAGUUUAUAUACUUUUUAUUGCACACCAUGCUAUUGCCGAUGGAUUGAGCUGUGCUGCUUUCCAAAGGACUUUGCAUGGGGAAUUGUCAGCGGCUACUGUGGAGACACUUGAGAUGAAUGUUGUGCAAUGGCCGUAUAUCGUACCGAAAACUGUGGGAAGACCAAUAGCUAUUGAGAAUGCUAUGGAUAUCAGUCCUCCAGGAUACGAAUCACUUGAAACAAAUCCACAAAGCAACUCAGACAAGAAAGAAGAGCAAAUAUGGUCAGGAAAUUUCCCAUGUAUGCCCACAAUCGAAUCAUACAAAUGUCUUGCCCUUCUCAUCACCGUUCCUCCAGAACGAGUCCAAGCAGUUUUAGAUACAAGCCACCGGUUGAAAAUUACUGUCACAGGAUAUUUGCAUGGUUUAAUCGUCAGCUACCUUGCGCGUACAACAGCUACAAAUGACCAACUUGGCCUUAAAGCUUGUACGCCUUACUCGCUGCGUAAAUUUAGCAAGCUUCCUGUUACGGAAAUAGCGAACCAUGUUUCGACUAUAGUAACAAAGUGGAAUGCCGGUCUAUUGAAUAGUAUACGCCAUGUGAGAGAGGGAUCUGUCGAAGAGGAAGAAUUGAUUGGUGCAAUUGGAAGUCAGGUUUGCCAAGAGAUCUCAACAGAGCUGAAAAGAGUCGAAGCCGGAGGAGUCUCACAAAUAAGGAAUGUUGAAAGGAUAGUCGAUUUAGAGUCUUAUUGUCGCGAGGGGUUGUCAGCAGAAAGGUCUGAAACAUAUGAGAUAUCUAACCUUGGAGUGGUUAGGAUGAAUAAAGUCCCAAGGGAAAGCUCUUUGAAACUUAAUGGACUAAUAUUCUCGCAAUGUGGAAUGGUGUUUGGUGCCCCUAUUGGAUGCAAUGUUGUAAAUCUAGAAGGUGGACCAUUGGUAAUUAGUUUAACAUGGCAGAAGGGGGGCGUGGAGGAUGAAGUCAUGGAAGGCCUGCGAGAGUUUUUGAAGAGUAGAUUGGGAGCAUAGAUUGCUGGCUGGUUAAGAAUUUGACUAAACGAGAGAGGUGACUAGAAUCCAAAGCUAGAAUCGAAAGCUAAAAUCUCAUGAUAUCAAUGCUCCCAACCAAUUUG